AUGAAGACAGUUUUUCUUAAUAGUAUUCUCAGUUGUGCGUGGAAAUGUCAGCGUUUUSCAGAGUGCUUGUCGCUGAACGUCGCUGUUCAACCGAAUAAAGAUGGUUUGUACAAAUGUGUGUUGUUGAGAAUCAAGACGAGUAGAUCCAGUGARCUCUUGAAACCAUCUCAGUUUUAUCAUCACUAUACAGUAUUCGAGCCCACCACAGGUCCCGACGCCUUGCCGACAAAGAAGGAGUGGCUCAAGAUCAAUGCAAGUCCUGUUUGCUUUGGAGCAAAAGAUUCAUYAUACGGACCAUUCUACAUCAAACAGAAUGGCUCUGUCUCUACAGUAAAGCUGGUGCACYUGUCUGGCUAUGUGWCGUGUAACUACAUGCAGAAGSAAACCAGGAGCAACUGGGGUUGUGGACCGUACGUCACUAAUCACAACAAAUCCUUUCACGACAGAAUGUUCACGAUAAUCACCGAUGACCUCGAUCAGAAGAUUCUUCCACAAGAUGAAUAUAUUAGCAGAGCCACUACUUUKGAAUACAAUCUUCCUGGAGGAUAUACGUCCCAGUCCCCUGAACUGAUCUUUCCAAAUUUGGAUACUACGAUGAAUGUUACCGCUGGUCAAGAGUAUCGUAUCUGGUAUGGACAGGAUUUGAAGGAUGUGUAUGAAGAUAAGAACAAUGGGACGGCAUGUAUUGAUGUGUAUAUGUAUGGGUGGUUUGGUUAGCGAUCGUUUAUAGGUGAAGAGGCACAUGACAGYUGAUAUAUGUAUAUGUAUGUGUUUACUUGUGUUGACAAUGCAUAUGUAUGGGUAGUUAGGUAAGAGUUCUAACUGUAGGUGAAGAGGCCCAUUGACAGGAAAUAUAUGUAUAUGGAUGUGUUGAUAGUGCAUAUGUGUGGGUAGUUUGCUUAGAGUUCUAACUAUAGGCGAGGAGCCCCAUGACAGCUGAUAUAUGUAUAUAGACGUGUUGAUACAUUAUA